UCUGGAAUUCACCCGAUUAAAACCUCACCCUCCGCAGCCUUCGCUCGCAGAGGCAGCCGGCGCUCCGGGCCACUCCCCGCUGACCAUGGCUGAGCGCGCGGUGCCCCACGCCUACCCCAUGAGCACCGAGUAUGAGUUCGCCAACCCCAGCAAGAUGUAUGACCAGAACUUUGGGGAAGGCUUGUCCCCAUCUGAGAUCUUGGCCCCCACCCUAUACCACGGCUACUACAUCCGGCCCCGGAUCAACAAGCAGCUGGACAGGGGCAUCUCGGAGAUCAGCCUCAACGACCACAAGUUCCAGGUGUUCCUGGACGUCUGCCACUUCCUUCCCGACGAGCUCGCUGUCCGCACCGUGGACAACCUGCUGGAGGUGACGGGGCAGCACCCCCAGAAGGCCGACCGCCACGGCUUCAUCUCCCGCGAGUUCACCCGCACCUACAUCCUCCCCAUGGAUGUUGACCCGCUGCUGGUUAGAGCCACGCUGUCCCACGACGGCAUCCUCACCAUAGUGGCUCCCAGGACCGGGAAGGAGGUGAAGGCCAGAGUCAACGAGGUGCAGAUAACCCGCCAGGAACAGCCCCCGGGACAGGCAGAGUCCCCAGAAGAAGGGAAGGGGAAUGUCAAGCCCUGAGACAUCCGGGCACUUUGCUUGAACUGGGGGUGGGGGGUGAGUGUGGUUGUGCCAGGCACUGCCGGCUUGGGGGGUGCAUGCCAGAAAGGACCCCCACUCCUGAAGGCUGCUUCCUACAAAAGGGGGCAUGCAGUGGAGCGAUAGAAAGAGGGGAGAAUGAUACCAGGGGAGCGGGGCACUGUAAUGUCCGGCUGCUCCUAGUUCAAGCACUGCUCAAACAGAUGGAGUCCAGGCUACUUUACCUGCUCGGCCGUUCAGAAGGGACCAGCAUCCCCUCCUGCCAUCAGCUGCCCUGCUGUGUUGCUGUGGGUUGUUCACCAGCUGCUGGCUCUGCCCCAGAGGUGGCUGCAUUUCAGGGGUGGGCGGUGGAUCUGUAAAGCGGCGGCUGACAUUUGCAGAAGACUUUGGGGGCUGCAAGGCCCUGACGGUAUGUAAACGUCCCAGCCACUCUGCCGAGAACAAGGAAUAAAUGUGGCUCCAGCCCC